AUGCAUUAUUACACUUUUUCUUCCUUCGCAUACUCCCUCGUUGUCUUUAUUCUGAUCUCUAUUCCCUUCACCAACUCCCGCUUCAACAACACCACUGUGGUUCAGUUGGAAACCCUCACCACGUAUCCUUUCCCGACCGUCAUAUCAGACGCCAUCUGGCACUCGAAGGAUUCUCUCCUUCUCACUUUUACUACUCCAGCUGAGCUCCAAAGCAUCACACCAAAUGCAAUUGCGGAUCCCAAGAAUCCAGACAAUAAGGCUGCAUAUCAAAUCUUGCACAGCUUUGAUGAGCAAGCCUGUGGCGGAAUUGCUUACCUCGGCAACGACAAGUAUCUCUUGGUUACCUCGAAUCUCCAAGUCUUCCCAAAGACAAACCCUGCGCCAGGAACCCAUUCACUCUAUAUUAUAAACUUAGAAGCCUGGACCGAAGGGACGAAGGGAGUCGUGGUUAAUAAGCUAGUCGGCCUCCCGGAGGCUAAAUGGCUCAUUAGCAUAGUACCUCUUCCUAAAUCGAAAAACUCUACACGCAAAUUUCCGUUGGUGCUCAUAUCCGAUGCGAUGGCCGGCUCCAUUCUGCAGUUUGAUCCAGAUACGAAACAGUCUGCAACCUGGUUUACGCAUCCGAGCAUGCAACCAAGCCCUAAAGCUGAUGUGCCUGUUGGGAUUAACGGCCUUCGAUAUUUCAACGGAUAUGUGUAUUACACCAACACUUUCGCCCACUCACUAUACAGGCUUGCCGUCUGCGACGAUAGUUGGACCCCGAAUGGCAAACCCGAGCUCAUGAUCCAAGAUCCGGAAUUUCCGCAUGGCGCCAACUUCGAGAUACAAAAAGCUCCCGGUGUGCCCCAGCUCUAUGUCACUGGAUCUAAUCGCGUGGUCAAGGUGGCCAUGGUUGAUGGUGGAAGGUGGACUUGGACGGACAUUGCGGGCGGAGCAAAUGAUACGAUUGUGGCUGGCGCGACAAGUGCGGUGAAGGGCCGGGUAGGCCUUAAGGAGAAGAUGUGGGUGGUUACUGGAGGUAGUUUGCUGAGCCCCUGGAUCAAAGGGUUUAGAGAGGGAGGGAAAGUGGUUAGGAUGGAUAUCUGAGGCAUGGAGAAGAGGUU